AUGCUCCGCCCCCUGCUCAUCUCCCUCUCCUCCCUCGCCUCCGCCGCCCCCAUAGAAGUCAUCACCACCACCUUCAUCCUCGCCACCCUCUCCUACUUUCAACUCCUCCAAGCCGUCAAGCACUCUGAUUUCUUCAACGUCCCUGCCGUCUCCACGCCCUCCCGGCCGGCACAUCUCGUCCAUCUCUCCCACCAGCCCCAGGUCCAGGUCGAAGACGCGCCGUACAUCUUGCCCAGCUCGCAUGGCGGUAGUUGGUCGAAUGCUGCGAGUGGGAGUGGGGGUAGCGAGUACGCGGGCGCGGGCGACUGGCAGCCUGUGACGGCUACCGAGUUUAGGAGGAUCCUGGAAGAGAACGCGUUGGACGGUGGUUAUGUCUUUCCCGUCGAGGCGGGGGGGAACACUGCUGGCGAAAAGGCGACUGUGGCUAUCGUAAAGCAGAUCGUCUUGACUCGGGAGGGCACGGAGGGCUCCACAGACGACUGGGAGAAGUGGCUUUUGAACGACCUCAGCGUCACGUACGAAGGUUCUCGCUACACCUACCGGGAUCUGUGCUUUAACAGCUCCUCCGUACCCUCAUUCACCCCCCACCCUCUUCACCCGUCCCAAUCAACCAUCACGCUCUUCUUCCAACCGCCUUCCCCCGGUACUCCCACUAUUCCCUUCCUCCACAAGCUCAACCACAUCACCCCUUACCACAUCCCGGGCUCCAACUCGACACUCCGUCUCUUGCCCCCCAGCGGCUCAAGCUGGGGCUUCCUACCGAGCAUCGACGGCGUCGGCUUGUUCUCGGGUCUUGGCGAUGGUUUGAAUGUAGGAGAUGAAGAGCCGUAUGCUGUUCAGAACGCAAAAUGGAUAGCAUUCGCCAUGAGUGCGUUGGUCGGGAGGAUUUGGACUUUGGCGAUGAAUGCCGACUCUGCCGACAUCUUUGUUGUCCUCCUGGGGUACAUCGUAAUGCACGGUGUGUUUGCCAAUCUUUUCAUCAGUAUGCGUAAGCUCGGGAGCUCGUUCUGGAUCCCCAUCGCCACCCUCUGCUCAUCAACCGCCGCCUUCCUCGUCGCCCUCCACGCCGCCUACCUCCUCGACAUCCCCGUCGACCCCAUUUGCCUCUCCGAGACCAUCCCCUUCCUCGUCAUUACAGUUGGCUUUGAGAAACCCUACCAACUCGCCAAGGCCGUCUUGCAGAACCCCGAUAUCGACCCCGUGCCCUCCUCCCCCGCGCUCUCUCCUACCGACUCUUCCCUCGGCUCUUCCCUAGGACUGGACUUGGACUUGGGUGCCUUGCACAAAGAGCUCGCGCCUUUGGAGAGGCUCCAGCGAUUGGCGGAGGGUAAAGUGAAGUGGGUUGCGCCGGUGGCGGCUAGGAAGAUUGUAGUGGACGCUGUGAAGAACAACGGGGUGAGGAUUGUUAGGGAUUACGCGUUGGAGAUUAUCGUGCUUUGUGGUGGUGCUGCGAGUGGCAUCGGAGGGCUGAGAGAGUUCUGCUGGCUGGCCGCCCUUAUUAUGGCUGUCGACUGCGUCUUCCUCUUUACGUUCUACGCCUCCAUCCUCAGUAUCAUGGUCGAAGUCCAUCGAAUCAAACUCAUCGGCGGCAACCGACGCGUCAAGUCUGUCAAGCGCGUCUCUAGCUCUACUUCCCUCGCCGACGGCGCUUCCUCCUCUCCCACCGUCAAGGGCUUCUGGUCUCGCUCUACGUCCCCCGACAAGGAGGACCAGCCCGAGAACCCGGUCGUCCGACUCAAGCUCCUCUUGAUCCUCUCCUUCCUUGUCCUCCACAUCCUCAACCUCUGCACGACGCUUACCGAGCAGACUUCGCUGAAACGACACUCUACCCACUCUGUCCCCCAGAUCACCUCGCGCGCUCUUCUCGACCCCCGCAGCGCUAGUCUCUCGCCCGUACUUCAGGUGCUGUACGAUAACCAGCCCGCCGAGACCGACAUGGCCAUCCAGAUCAUCCCCCCUACCCAAAUCAUCAUGUCCAGCGACAACAUUGUCCCCUCCCGCAUGUCCUCUUUCGACCACUUCAUGUCCGAGUGGACGUCCCUCGUCGGCGAUCCCGUCGUGAGCAAGUGGAUCGUCGUCUUUCUCGGUAUCAGCAUCAUGCUCAACGGUUUCUUGUUGAAGGGGAUCGCGCUGAACUCGAUGGGGGGGAAGGGGCCGGUGGCUGCGGCGGCGCAGGCGCUUGUGGGGAUAUUCGAUGCGGAGAGAGGGCAGAGGGCGCUGAGAGAGACGACGACUACGCCGAGGGGGAGGGACGGCGCUCUGCCGGGGACGGCUCUUCGCGCGCCUUCCAACGGAAACGUAAACGUUCGCGAUGGCGAUUCCACCCCCCGUGUCGACGACUCCAAGACCAAUGGCACCAUCCCCAUCAUCCGCGAACCUACCGCCCCCUCCCCUCCCUGUCCUCCUUCUGCUGCUUCCGCUUCCCCCGACGACGGCAUCAUCACUUUCGGUCGAAGGUCUUUGGAGGAGUGUAUCGAGGUGUACGCUGGCGGUGUUGGGGUGAACAAUCUGUCGGAUGAGGAGGUUGUAUUGUUGGUGCAAAAGGGCAAGAUUGCGCCUUACGCUUUGGAAAAGAUUCUCAAAAACCUCGAGCGGGCUGUGCGGGUACGACGAGCCGUCAUCUCUCGCUCGAGUUUUACAAAGUCGCUCGAAGCUUCCCUCCUCCCCAUGAACGACUACGACUACAAGCAGAUCAUCGGCGCGUGCUGCGAGAACGUCAUCGGCUACCUCCCCCUCCCCGUCGGUAUCGCCGGUCCUCUCAACAUUGACGGUCAGCUGCUCCAUAUACCUAUGGCUACCACCGAGGGUACGCUUGUGGCUUCGACUUCUCGAGGUUGCAAGGCGCUUAAUGCUGGGGGUGGUGUCACUACCGUGCUGACGCACGACGCGAUGACUCGAGGACCCGCUAUCGAUUUCCCCAACAUCGUCCAAGCCGCUGCCGCUCGUAUCUGGAUCGACUCUCCCGAAGGCUACGGGACCCUCAAGGCCGCUUUCGAAUCUACCUCCCGUUUCGCCAAGCUCCAAACGCUCGAAUGUGCGCUUGCGGGUCGGACGCUGUACGUCCGCUUUGCGGUUCAGACCGGUGAUGCGAUGGGCAUGAAUAUGAUCUCGAAGGGUACCGAAAAGUCGCUCGAAGUGCUCCGCGAACGUUUCCCCGACAUGCACGUCCUCGCUCUCUCGGGCAACUACUGCACGGACAAGAAGCCCGCGGCUAUCAACUGGAUUGAGGGACGAGGAAAGAGUGUCGUCGCGGAGGCGGUGGUGCCGGGUCACGUCGUGAAGAGUGUAUUGAAGACGACGGUGAAGGAUCUGUGCAAUUUGAACAUCAAGAAGAACUUGAUUGGAAGUGCCAUGGCGGGUAGUAUUGGAGGUUUCAACGCGCACGCUGCCAACAUUCUGACUGCAAUGUACCUCGCAUGCGGUCAAGAUCCUGCCCAGAACGUCGAGAGUUCCAAUUGUAUGACUUUGAUGGAGCCCAUUAACGACGGCCAAGACCUUCUCAUCUCCUGCUCCAUGCCCUCUAUCGAAGUCGGUACCGUCGGCGGCGGCACCAUCCUCUCCCCCCAACGCGCCAUGCUCGACAUGCUCGGCGUCGCCGGCGCCCACUCCACCACCCCCGGCGCCAACGCCCAACGACUCGCCCGUAUCAUCGUCGCCGCCGUCAUGGCCGGCGAGCUGUCCCUCAUGGCAGCGCUCGCGGCCGGUCACUUGAUCCAGGCGCAUAUGAAGCACAACAGGAGCGCGCCAGUCACGCCGGGGGCUGUGACGCCUUUCGGAGGGAUCACGCCGCUGAGGGAGAGUGUGUUGAUUAACGGGCCGCCGCCGAAGAAGAGUGAUGAGUUGAGAGUGGUGCAGUAG